AUGCCGCUCGGCGACCUGCGCACGAUCCUGCGCCACCUCGGCAAGUGGCCGUCGACGAAGCCGCGCGACUCCAUCUACCGCGCGCACGUCAUGGGCGAGUACCGGAGGCACGCGGGCGAGGCGGACCCCGAGGCGCUCGUCGCGCUGCGGCGGCGCGCGACGGACUACGCGAACCUGCUCACGGGCGUCGAGGAGCAGAAGCGGCUGCGGGCCCUCGACACGGGCGCGGAGAUGUCGACGAGCAUCAAGGAGGCCGCGCGGCGCUCCGCCGUGCGCUCGGGCCUCCUCGCGCCCGAGGAGUCGGACGCGCCGUUCGACGACGUCUUCAAGAAGCCCCUGAACGGGGGCAGCGCGGCCGCUUGCUCUCCGCUCGCUGCCUUCUCCGCCAUGCGCGCGCUCGCCCUCCUCGCAUUGGCAGCCGUCGCCGACGCCUGGGAUGUCAACGCGACGGGCGCGUCGGCUGGCUGCGGCAGCGCGCCGCCGGUCUAUCCCGGCGCUCCCGCGGCCAAGCUCGCCAUGUGGGCGCCCGACGCCAACCCGCUGUUCCCCGACGGCUACGCCCAGCGCCACUACUUUUUGUGGGUGCCGCCGACCUACGACCCGAAGCAACCGGCGUCGCUCGUCGUCGACUUCCACGGCUUCUACGACAACGCCGGCGACGAGGUCGAGGAGUCCGGGUUGAUCGCCGUCGCGACGGCCGCGGGGUUGAACUACGUCGUCGUCUACCCCGUGGGCUCCGGCGGCGGCGGCAGCGGCGACUCGCGGAGCUGGAACGUCGACGGCAACGGCCUCAACCGCGACGACGGCCCCGGCGGGCCCGUGCCGCGCACGAAGGACGACGAGUACGUCUGCUACGAGUCGUGCAAGGCCGCGGCGCGCGCGUUCGACAAGAAGGACAUCGCCAUCGUCUUCGAGGAGACGGGCGAGGACAUCAACCCGCGGCGCGCGCGCCCCCUCGUGGCGACCACGGAAGCGCUUCCGGGCGCGACGAUCCGCUCCAUCUUCGCGAACCGCGGCGCCGCCGCCGAGAUCCUCGCGCUCGUCGGCGUCACGGCGGCGCCGCCGCUCGCGGCCUUCGGCCCCGCGCCGCUCCCCACGGAGGCGCUCGGCGCGAGCGAGGUCCUCCGCCGCGCGGGCGUCCAGCGCGACCGGCGGGCGCCGGCGGUCGUCUACGAGCCCGACCCGCUGCCGCGGUCGCGGUCCCGCGGCCCGGCCGCGGCCGCGCCGCCGGAGGCGCCGCCCUGGAACUUCCAGAUCGUCGAGGUCGUCGACCUCGACGAGGAACGCGAGGGCCGCGCCUUCCCGCUCCUCGCCGGCUUCGCGCUGCUCGCGGCGGCCGCCGAGACCGGCGCCGGCGCGCCCCGCGCCCUCGCCGAGGCCGACGCGCCCCUCGCCUUCGCCGAGGCCGGCGCGCCCCACGGCGACAAGAUGUGCGCGCGCGCGCGCGCGGAGAACCUGGCGCCGGCGGCCGACGGCGCGCCGCCGCCGCUCGGCCGCGGCCGCGCGCCGGACCUCGAGCAGUCGGGGGCCGGCGGCGCCGCCGUCCCCGCGGCGACGCCGGCGCCGGCGCCGGAGGCCGCGUCCUUCGAGGCCGCCGCGGCGCGCGCGCGCGGCCACUUCGUGCGCGGCGACGAGGUCCGCGCGGGCCUCGGCGUCUUCGCGGACAACGCGGAGCGCCGGGGCAUCGUCGUCGCCGUCGUCCCGGGCGACCCGGGCGACGGCGGCGACGUCGUCACGGUCCUCUUCGAGGGGGACGAGACGACGGUGUUGGCGCACGCGGAGAACCUGGCGCCGGCGCACCCGGCCGCGCUGCGCGUGGCGGCCCCGGCCGCGCUGCGCGUGGCGGCCCCGGCGCCCGCGGACGAGGCCGCGCCCGCGGACGAGGCCGCGCUCGCGGGCGAGGUCGCCGCGCCGUCGUCGCGGCGCCUCGUCACGGCCUUCGACGAGGCCGCGGGCGACCGCGCGCCCGGCUUCGGCCGCGUCGCGCGGCUGAGCGACGCGCUCGAGCACAUCGAGCUCGACGGCGACGGCGGCGGCGGCGCCGCGCCGUCGGCCGCCGCCGUGCCCCUCGGAGCGCCCGAGCCCGCGCGCCCCGACGUCGUCAUGGCCGACCCGCCGCCGCGCGACGCGGCCGUCGAGCCCGACGGCGCCGAGCUCGGCGACGCGAGCGACGCCGAGGUCUCCGAGGACGAGCCCAGCAGCGGCGGCUCCGACUCCGACUUCGAGCCGCCGGCGCCGCGGAAGCGGAGCCUGCCGCCGCCGCCGGCGGCGCCGCCGGCGGCGACGCCGUC